AUGGCCUCUACAUCAGGCCAGGGUAGCCUGCCGUCCCCGCCAGAGUCCUCUGCUGAGAAUGACAAGAAGCAAGACAGCACCACGGAAGACAGCACCACGGGAGACAGCACCGCGCCCCCAAAAGGAGCUACUGGGGAAUAUCUCGAAGACCUAUCCAAGCAAAUCCUCGAGGUCACCUUGAACCAGCGGGACAACAUGCAUCCACUUGUGGUCCAACACAUGUCGCCGGCAUUCCGGGGUAAGCACGACGCAUUGCCCAAAACGAAUACCCGCGACGACCACCAGCAGAAUCUGAAGAAGCACCUCGAGACUCAGCCCAACUUUCGAGUCGAGAUCUUGAACCACUCUUCUGACGUGGAUGACAGUCGCGGCAGGGGUACGGUGUUCCUGUGGUAUAAAAUCUCUGGCCUGGAGGGUGGACUGGGCAGAGAAGCAGUGGCGGUGCUUUCGUGGGAGAGGAAGCAGAACAACUGGAUGAUCAUUAAGCACUCUGGCAUGAGGGGACCAUCCGGCUUCUCAUGA